CGGUUUAACAUUUGGUUAGGGUUAGGAAAAGAUCAUGGUUUGGGUUAAAAUACCCGGUUUUGUAGCCAGAAAAAACGGCUGCAAAUGUUCCGACGUCUCCUCAAAAUGCACUUUAUGAUUAUUGGUUUUGUAGUUAAGGGAGUUCUUGUGGUCAGCAUAGGAACUACAACUCCCACAUACUGAGUCUGUUUAUGUGACCCAUUUUAGGUAAUCGCUAGGCUUAUGUAGCCGCCUGUCACGCUGUGACUAGGUCGUGUCCUGCUCUAUGAGUACUUCAUAGUUCACAGUCUCUGCUUCCCACAUCUGCCUCUGUGGAAGACGCGCUGCUCGCUCUGCAGUGUUGUUUGAUCAGCCUGGAUCUCCCUAAGCCCUGAGGUCAGAGGUCAGAGAGCCAUGGGGACCAGGAGGGUGCUGGUGACCGGGUGCUCCUCUGGCAUCGGCUUGGCUGUGGCUGCACGGCUGGCCAAAGAUGAGCUCAAACGGUUCAAAGUGGUUGCCACAAUGAGGGAUCUUGGGAAACGGGGACCAUUGGAGAAAGCAGCUGGUGACUCCUUAAACAAAACCCUGGAAAUCAAACAAUUAGAUGCCUGCUGUGAAGCCUCCAUCAGAGAGUGUGUCAACAGCCUGCCAGACAGACGGGUGGAUGUUCUUGUGAACAAUGCAGGGAUCGGCAUGAUUGGGCCGCUGGAGUGCCAAAGUAUCGCUGCCAUGAAGGAGCUCUUUGACACAAAUGUCUUUGGCCUGGCACGGCUGGUGAAAGAGGUGUUGCCUGACAUGAAGCGGCGGCAGAGCGGCCAUAUUGUGGUGAUGAGCAGCGUUAUGGGAAUACAGGGGCUUCUGUUCAAUGAUGUCUACUCUGCCUCCAAAUUUGCUGUGGAAGGAUUUUGUGAAAGUCUGGCAGUGCAAGCACUGAAGUUUAACAUCAAGACAACUCUAGUGGAACCUGGCCCAGUGAUAACAGAGUUUGAAAGGAAAGUGUACGAGGAUGCUGAGAACAUGGAUCUAUCAGGGGCAGACGAGGAGACUGCCAGAAUCUUCCGUGAAAUUUAUCUGCCGUACUCUAGAAAGGUCUUCGCCUCAUUAGGACAGACACCAGAGGAAGUGGCAGAGCAAACACUUAAAGUGAUCACAGCCACGGAGCCCCCUCUGCGCCACCAGACCAACCGUCUGUACAUGCCCAUGACUGCACUGAAGCAUGCAGAUCCAACGGGGCGUCUCCCUCUGGACACUUUCUAUAAGAUGAUCUUUAAGCAUGACAAUGUGUUCAAUGCUACUCUUGGGGUGCUGCGAAUGCUGCAGAAGAGGGUUGAGCUGCCCCAUAAGUACAUCCCGUUGGCGUUGACACUGUGGCAUUCACCAUACCACCAUCCUCCCAGGUAGGUUUUAGCACAGUUUGAGGAAUGAGUGUCCUGGUCUUUGUCAAAUGUCGAGAACUUCUGACCGUUAUGUUCACUUAGUGAAUUUC